AUGAAUACAAGGUUGAGAUGUGUUAAACAAGUGUUGAACAACAGAUGUUUGUUUCAUUCUUAUGAUCUUCCGGGCUUCUGGUGUAAAGUAGGUUUGUCUCAGGUUGUGACGUGUUUCGCGGUCCUACUCUCUUGCAAUUUAGUCCUACAUGCUGCAGGACAACAUUCAGACAAGAACCGGUUUUUGAAAUCACCGAACGGCGAAGAACCCCAGUUUUUGACCCAACAAAAUGGCGAAGAAAACCGGUUUUUGACCUCACAAAAUGGCGACGAUGUGGUAGGGAAGGCUGGAGUUACCUGGAAAAACACAGGUAGCUACAAUUUAAUCACAAUCCCCGUAUCUAAGAGCAAUACGAUCGCAUACAACGGAACUGCUGCGGAGAGUGUCUCAAUUCUCGGAACUUUGGGAGCAAUCGUCGGCGGUCUUUACUUUCUCGCCGGGUUCCCGUAUGGAGGUCAAUCGAGGUCAGGUCCCCAGGGAGCUGGAAGCAGAAGAUUUGGACCUCCCCCACCUCCGCUCAGGUUCAGAGAGAUAGAUCACAAAUCUGGAUCGCUGCCUCAUAGAUCAGGGAAACUACCAGCCAGGGCGCCCCAGAAGAAACCAGUUCCUCCUCCCAGAAGAGAAGUUAGAAAACCGUUCCGUCCCGUCUCCUUAUCCCGUCCUGGAUCUAACGAAAGGUCGCUGUUUCGUCCUCGUCCUGUGAGCCUUCGUGGUCCUCCACCUCCCAAUAAUAGGUUCAGGAGACCCAACCCUCCUAGGGGAGCUUCCAACCGGAGACCUGUCCUAGCCACAGCUCCGCAGUUCAGAAAAAAUUUAGCUGAGCCUUUGACCCGACCUGUAGCUAAGGUUCCUCAGGUCUCUAAUUUCAGGGACCAGGAGAAUACAGUCCUUCCGGAACCCGUUUCAUUCCGCUCAGAGUUCCAAAAUGAUCUUAGUUCAGGGUUCCAGGAGGAUCCUUUUGAAGAGUUUCGGAAUUCAAAUUUCCCCGAUUCAGCAUCUUUCCGUGAACUUUUAGACGAGCAGUUUGGAGAUUUUACUUUUGAAAAACUCGGCAGAAGAAGUUAACAAUAAACAAACUUUUUUUUCUCGAUAAUUGAAAAGUGACCCCUUUCUAAUUCUUACAGUGCAAUAAUCAUCAACUUUGUGACUAGUGAAAAGUGCAUGUUCAUAUGAUUGGCAUGAGUAAUUUUCAUAAAUUUUGUAAAUCAAAGAAAUUAUAGUCCUUGUUAUAAACUCAAAUUUUUUAAUCUCUAUAUCUUUGCAACUUGAUUGUGUAAACCUUUGAUAUUUCAUACUU